AUGGCUCAACUUAGAAAACCUAAACAAAAAGGAGGUGAAGUGGAUGAUAGCCAACCCUCAACAUCUAAAUCCGCUAAACUGGAUAGCUAUGGUUGUGUGAACUGGAACCCUACUGAACUUCAUGAAGAGGAAAAGGUUGAGUCUUUAGAGAGAUAUGGGGACCUCAAUGAGGCUCCAUAUACAGAUAUUUUCAGUGGUCAAAAACGUCUUCCAGGACCCACCUUAAGCCCAUCACUGCUGGCCGUGUUACUCCGCUUCCGUGAGCACUCCAUAGCUGUAAGCAGUGAGAUCAAAGAUAUGUUUCACCAGAAUCUGGUAACCAGGCUAAUCAUCAGGGAUUAUGAUGAGAGACUGCACCACACUAGCUCGGAACGUUUGUUUGCCGAAAUAAGAAGGAAAUACUGGAUAUUAAGAGGCCGUGAAGACAUUCGCCUAUACCAGCGGCAGUAUGUGGAGUGCAGAAAAUGGAGAGGUCAUCCAGAAGUUCCCCUCAUGGCCGACCUGCCUCUCACCAGACAGAGGUACUUCAAACCAGCCUUCUAUUCAACAGGCAUGGACUUGAAGCCGAACCCUCCAAAGCCUCCAGUUUCUGAAGAAUCACUUGAGGUUGGAAACAUCACCAGAACAGACACCGGAGAGAGUUUUGAGGUGAAACUUUCAGGCACAGCUCCACCAAAUUUCCCUCCUAACAGAAUCACAGAUCUGAGUGCUGAGAUACAGGAGGACACGGUGCUUCUCAACUGGACAGCUCCUGGUGAAGACCUCGACCAAGGGACAGCUAAAUCCUAUGAGAUCAGGUGGAGCUUUGACUUUAAAAUGCUUCGAUUCAACUUCAGCAAUGGUCAUUCAGUCAACACAACUGCUGUCUCACCUCAGAAGGCUGGAUCAGUUGAACAGCAUUCAUUCAAUCUCAAUAUCACAAUCCAAAAUGGCACCACACUCUUCUUUGCAGUUCAGUCGGAGGACAAACAAAAAGCAAAAUCUGAAACCUCCAACAUUGCUCAAGCUUCAAAGAUCCUCCCUGCUCCAAAACCUCCAGGAAUAUCAAACCCAGGCAUGAACUUGACAGUUCUUGUUAUUUCUCUGUGUUUGGUAACUAUGCUCAUGUGCUUUAUUGUUGCUGUAGUCAUAUGUGCAGUGAAACGCAGAAAACGCUCUGCUCAAAGUGAUAUGGCACCAAUAAUCGCAAAUGAAUGUCAAAUCAAUCCUUAUGCUAAUUUGAACACAACUAUGUACAUCCAGCAGCUUUAGAACGUUUCUUAAAACAAUCAAUUCUCAAACAGAAUUUCUUAGUUUUUGAAUAUAUUUAGAGCAUGUGUAAUCUUGCAC